UCUGCCCGGCUCCUCAGCACCCAUAGUUCAAGCUGCUUCCCCGCAGACUCAAGAGAAAAUGAUCUCAUGGCGCCAGCCGAACACGAUGAGCUCGACUUUUACCCGGCAUUUUGCUUCAAGGCGUCCCCUACCCACUUCGCCUGGGUAAAGAUGAUGGCAACGGACGUGCAUCGGCUCAAGAGACGGUCGGAGUUCGGAGACCAAUCCGUUUUCUUCUACCAAAACCACCCCAUCCGCUUCGUCUCAGUAGCAGGCAUCAUCAUCGCAAGGACGGAAUACCAGCGCCUCACCAUCCUGACUCUCGACGACAGCAGCGGCGCCACCGUCGACAUAGUCGUCCAUAAAGCCGAGACACCUGCACCAGACUCCUCUGUCUCGGCGCCAGGGCAACCACCACCAUCCGCCCGGCCCAAUGGCUCAUCCAUCCAGUCUCAGUGGGCAACGACCCAUGUCGCGGCCACCGACCGCGUCUCGGCCGUGAACAUCGCGUCGCUGGUCCCCGGCUCCGUGGCCCAGAUUAAAGGCACCUUGUCGACGUAUCGGUCCAGGGUGCAACUGCAGCUGGAGCGCAUGUUUCUAGUCCGGGAUACGAGCGCCGAAAUGCGCUUUCUGGAUCAGUGCUGUCGGUUUCUGGUCGAGGUGCUUGCUGUCCCGUGGAGGUUGACGGGAGAGGAGAUCGCGCAGUUGCGGGCCGAGGCGGAUGACGAGGAAGGCAAGAUUGAGGAGGAGCAGGCGCGGAUGAAGAAGAGGCAGAGGAAACGCCUCGAGCGGGAGGAGAAAGACCAGCGACGGAUUCAGAAGCUUUGGGAGCACGAGGAAAGGAAUAGGGAGAAGGAAGCUAGCGUAUGCAAGGAUGCUGGAGUAAAAGUCAUGCGUGAGAUUCAAAUGAGACGUAAGAGUUGAUUGAUGAUGCUUGAGAAUUAUUAAUGUCUUAUUAGGUUUGAGGUGCCAUUGCUGUUAGAUCCCAAUUAUAUAUGACGGAAGGCCCAAGAACUGAAAACAACAAUAAGAAUAAAAGGAAAAGUACUCCAAUUUCAAAACAAAUUGUAU